CAUCCGACAAUGACUCCAACCGCUGCUUCCGAUCAGGAGGAGGAGGAUGAGGAUGGGGCAGGCCGUGAUGUACGCAAGCGGAACGAGAGUUUGGGGCGUGAAUCCGGGGGAGGCGACGAAAGUGACGAGGACGAGGGAGCGGAGACAGGAGGUGAGGAAAGUGACGACGAAAAUGCCGACAACGACACGGAUGGGGAUGGUGAGGAAGAGCAUGUUGAUGAGAAUGUCGAGGAGGAUGAGGGUCGUGACGCUGGAAAGUCGGACGACGACGAACAUGACGAUGAGAAUGAGUUGGAUGAUGAGGAUGCUGACGAAGCUGUUGCUGAGGAUGCUGACGACGGUGGCUGAUGAGGAUGCCGAUGAAGAUGC